CAAUAUUUUUUUAGUUCUGUGGGAGAGGGAAUGAAAACUACAGAAUAACACGGAAUUCCAUAGACAAGUUGCAGCAUGAGAAAGGUUUGGGAACCAAGGGAGGAGUCCUAUGCAUAUAUAAAAAAGCUCAGUACAGGGAGUAGGGAGUAUUUUGCAAUUAGAUUGUCUGAAAUCAAAGGGGAAGUUAAAUCAUCAUGGUAAUGUAAUAAAAUGUGCAAUUUGUCCCAGUUUAGUAACCCAUAACAACUAAUAUAAAUAUGCUGAAGCACACAACAUUGCAGUAAACUAUAACAACCAAUCAGCAGUGAGCUAGCCAUACAUGCUGGAGACCCGUCAAUGAUAAGUGCUAAUGGGUUGCUCUGGGCUAAUCUAUUGGUGCAGAUGUCAUUAUAUUCUGACAUUUCCCUUGGGGUACAAAAGUUCUUAAGACAGAAAAGAACUAGAGUUGUGAGAGGAAAGUUUAGACAGGUGGCCAAACAAUAAAGAUGGGGAAUGAGGAGGAUAGAGUCUGAAUAAUGAGAAUAAAAGCAGAGGGCGGGGACAGGAGUGAAUGGAAAGAAUGGAAGCAGGGGAGGGAGAAGAGAGAAUUCACUGAGGUUGCAUGCAUUAGACUGAGUGAUAUAGGCCAGUAUCAGCCUGGGAAUCACUGCCGCAUAAGGCUCAAUAUCAGUGCAACACCCAAUUGUACAGGACAAAGUUCAUGAGACCUUCAGGCACUCACUGAAAGUCAGAGAGCAGCAGGAAAGCCCUGUUAAGGUGAUAUGACAGAGGAACAAGUGUGUAACACACACAGGAAGCGCACGCUCACACUCUAAAUACUACACAUGCCAGACACAAGAAGAAGAAGCGUUGAUACCAAGUGUGUCGCACAGACACAAACUGCAGUGAUUGAGACUGGGAGAGGGGAGAAACACACACCUCUAGUCACGCACAGAGGGAGAGGCGCACAACAAGUUACAGCACAACGGACUGUGAUCUCAAAUAAAACAAUGACAACAAGCAACGAGUCGCAGGAUUCCACAUGUUCCCCAAAUGCACCUGAUCUGGAGAACUGUUAUAAUCACUCCUCUCCAUCAUCGCUUACACUGCUCCUGGUGGGAUACAGCCUACUGAUGCCAGUUGGGGUGCUACUGAAUGGCGUCUCCCUGUAUGUAUUCAUUCGGUUUAUGAGACCGCUGAGUGUGGUGGGCAUCUUUCUGUGCAACCUGGCACUCAGCGACUUGCUUUUCUCACUUUCCCUGCCACUGAGGAUUUACUACUAUGCCAAUCACCACUGGCCAUUUGGAUCUUUUCUCUGUAGUCUUGCUGGCUCCAUUUUCCACAUCAACAUGUACGGCAGCUGCCUGUUCCUGCUCUGCAUUAACGUGGACCGAUACUUGGCCAUUGUGCAUCCCCUGCGAUUUCGCCAUCUGCGUCGGCGCAAGGUUGCCCGAUUAACUUGUGUGGCCGUUUGGCUAAUGAUAAUAGGUGGGUCGGUCCCUGCGGCCGUUGUACACACUUCUUCUGAUUGCUUACUGGAUGGGUUACAGGUGUCCCGUUGUUUUGAGGCUUUUAACAUGUGGGACAAAGCAGUUUUGCCUCUACUAGUGGUGGCUGAGGUUCUUGGAUUCUUGUUGCCACUAACAGCCGUGCUGUAUUGUUCAUGCCAUGUAUUUGUGGAGUUAUGUCGGGCCCAGGAGAUAGGCCAGGGAAGACAUGGCAAAACUAUUAAACUUCUGUGCCUCAACCUUGCCAUCUUCCUCUUCUGCUUUGUCCCGUAUAACACAACACUUGUGGGCUAUGGACUUCUAAGGGCCAAACUUGUGGAAGAUACAUGGAAUAUAAAACCAACCUUGAAGAAAAUUAUUUCGGUGACUGUGCUUUUUGCCAGCACUAACUGUGCCCUGGACCCCUUGAUUUAUUACUUUAGCACUGAGGGCUUCCGAAGGACUCUGAGCAGGAUGAGUGGCCAAAAGAAGCCGAAACCCAUCGCCAGUCAAGAGACUAAAUGGACUUCCAGCAAUGACUCUUCUAUAAAGCCAAGUCCCAGAACUAUCUCAAGGGCCACAGAAGACUCUAAGCUAAAAACAAAUGAGACCAAUGCUAAAGUGGGAAAAAAACUGAUCGAGGAAUCCGAGAUCUGAGUAUGUUGAGGGCAGAACUGUGGAAGCACAACCUCCAAGGAAUGUUAUUUGGUGCUCUUCUUACACUGGUCGUGGCCUGGCAGAACGUUUUAUUAUAGAAAGAAGCCACAGGCCCAGCAGGGCAUCUACUGCCAUUGCCCAAAUCAUUGGAUGACCCUUAAUAUGAAUGGUUGUCAGGUCAGUUUGUAUUUGGGACUGCAGUAGCUGGUGCUUGGAGAUGCCUACAGCUCCACUGAUUAUAAUAAUGAUACUGCAUUUCAAUAACCAUGUCAUGUUAGUAGGUACCUCGCAAACUGCCAGAGAUAUGAGGGCUCUUAGAGUGGCAAUAACUUGCUGUCCAUGACUGUUUAGUUUGUUUAGUUCAGCAUCUCCGUUUUAAUGGUUAAAAUGUUACUACUUUCUACUAAAUAUCAAGUUUUUACUGGAUAAAUCCACUUGCACUUAAAUAAGCCCACUGGCUCCACCCGAGUAAAUACAUCCAAUCUACAUAUUCUAUACUGGUACAGAGCUCUGGUUCUUUGUACAUCCUGCUCCUGGGCUGCUCUCUUAGUCCCAAACAUCAUAAAUCUUUGGGCACCAGAGGGCUCAUUACACAUCUUCCCCCAAAAAGCCCAAUUAUCACUUUCAGUUCUGUUCAAGCCCCACAAAGUCCUGUUGCGGAAAAGAGCAACCCAGGAAGGACAAUCAGAACCUUGAACCUGAAAGUGUAUUUGACAGGUGACCAGAGACUCUCAUUUGGAGAUCAUUCCAAUAGAUCCACACGUCAUCCCAUAUGUACAUCUUUUUAGUUGUUUAUAUAAUAAACAUAUACCCAUAGAUAUCUCUAGGACUUUAGAAGGACAACAAUAGAUAGCAAUGGCCUAUAUUCCCUACAGAGAUGACAACCCAAGUGUCCGCUCCAUUAAUAGAUAAUAAAUGCAUAUAUGCAGAGAUGCACCUUGCUGGGCACACACUAAACCAUGGGUACAUACCAUACUAUUUAUUAAAGAUAAUUAGAUGAUUCAACAAACCCACUUUUGAUUUCUAUGAGGGCACAGAGGUGUGUGGGAGCAGGUUACAAGCAGUUUGUGGUAGCAGAGGCCCAGUAUCACUUUAAUACUGACAUUACUCAUGAUACUGACGGUAAAUACUCAUUACACUUUCCUAUCCAAUGAUAACUUAUAGCAAAUGAUAAUAUUGGUUUGGCAAUGUCCCUUAAUUAAUGAUACCUCCUAAUUAAUGAUCCUGUUCGCCAUUUAUUAUAAUCUGUCCAUGUAUGUUGGGCCUUCUUUAUAUUUUUAUAUUUGGGAUUAUAACAUUUCUAACCUUGUGCCAAGGUCUUUUAAUCUAGAUUUGGUAACAAUGAGAUCAAAUAGGGACCUGGAAACUUAGGAUCUUUGGGGUUGUAAUUAUAUACUAUACACACAUAGAAAGGCCUCAUAUAGCCGGGAAAUUGAUUAAUCAUUAAUUAAGGAAUUGUGCAAGGAGAUUUGCAAGGAGAUGAGCAAAUAUCAAUUGUGUCCCUCUGUUUCUUAAAAAGGGUCCAAGGCAGUGUUCCUGCUGUAGUUACAUCUCUAAUGAUAUUCAGGCUGGCACCUAGGAUAAUAGGGGGACACCUCCUUAGUAUGGGAACCUCUGCCUUAAUGGGAUACUGCACAUGGGUGGGUUUAAAGGAGAAGGAAAGUCAUAUCCCACUUGGGGGGGUGCCAAAUGUCAGGCACUACUGAUGUGCGGGUCGGGAUUUCCUCCGACCCGCAAAUGCCCUCCACCCAAGCUCUCUCCACCCACGCCUGCCCGAGCUUGACCUCCGGGGUGAGCAGAUGCAUCGGCUAUAAAAAAAAGAACCUGGAAGUCGGAAGCCAAUAUUUGAAGGUGGCUGGCGGGGAGAGCAGGAGAAGAGCGAGGUCGGCCCAAACCCAUGGGUCCCAUGUGUAUCAGGCUGGCCUGCAAAUCCCUAUUAGGCACCCCCAAAUGAUUAUAUUUACUUACCUGAAACCUGGGGCCGGUGCUCCAUCAGCAGAAAACUGGUCUGGGGGUUCUUCCAGCGAGCACCACGGAUCGAUCUUCCUCCGCCUCUUUCUUAAAAUUUCCCCAGGGCAGACGCAUGCACAGUAGAAUGAAAUAGACAAAGUUUUAGUAAAAUUUUGGCAUUUUGCUCGACUGCGCAUUCGCAGCCGCGAGAAGAAAGAAGAAGAAGGAAGAUGAUUGCACCCCCAAGUGGAAUAUCAUACAUCCCAACAUUUU